AUGGCCGCAGUCGAGGCACCGACCCAACAACAGCUCUCAGAGCUCAAGCAGAAGUACACCCUUGCCGGUCAGGGCCAGGUGUUUACAUUCUACGACUCCCUGUCCGCUGCAGACAAGGCAUCACUGUACCAGCAACUAGCUCUCUUCGACCCCUCCUACAUCAACACAAUCGCCGCCAAAGCCCUUGCCCCGGCCAAGGCUGAAGAUGGCGCCGCCGCCGCCCAACCGUCACUCGAGCCCCUUCCGGACUCGGCCCGCGCCAGUAUCAUGGACUCCAAGCCCGAUGACAUUGACCGGUGGUACUCGGAAGGCCUUGAUCUGAUCGCAGCAAAUAAGGUCGGCGUAGUACUCAUGGCUGGAGGUCAGGGCACCCGUCUGGGCAGCUCCGCGCCCAAGGGAUGCUUCGACAUUGGCCUGCCGUCCCACAAGUCCCUGUUCCAGAUCCAGGCUGAGCGCAUCCGCAAAGUCGAGGAGCUCGCCGCCAAGAAGGCCGGCACGGGCCGCAGUGUCACAGUCCCGUGGUACGUCAUGACGUCGGGGCCGACCCGCGGGCCUACCGAGCAAUACUUCAAGGAACACAACUAUUUCGGGCUGAAGCCCGAGAAUGUCAUGAUCUUUGAGCAGGGCGUGCUCCCCUGCAUCUCCAACGACGGGAAGAUCCUGCUCGAGAGCAAGAGCAGGGUGGCGGUGGCGCCGGACGGCAACGGCGGUCUCUACAACGCCCUGGUCGAGUCCAAGGUGCUCGAUGACAUGAAGAGGCGAGGGAUUGAGCACAUCCAUGCCUACUGCGUGGACAACUGCCUCGUCAAGGUGGCCGACCCUGUCUUCAUUGGCUUCUCGGCCUCUCUGAAUGUCGACAUCGCGACCAAGGUUGUGCGCAAGCGCAACGCUACUGAGAGUGUCGGUCUGAUUCUCUGCAAGAACGGCCGGCCAGAUGUGGUUGAGUACAGCGAGAUCGACCCGGCGGUGGCCGCCGAGGAGGACCCCAAGCAGCCUGGCGUGCUCAAGUUCCGCGCUGCCAACAUCGUCAACCACUACUACUCGUUCCGCUUCCUGAGCACCAUCCCCCAAUGGGCGAAGACACUCCCGCACCACGUCGCGCGCAAGAAGAUCCCGUAUGCCGACCUCGAAACCGGCGAGACGGUCAAGCCCGCCAAACCAAACGGCAUCAAGCUGGAGCAGUUCGUCUUCGAUGUCUUCCCCAUGCUGGAGCUGAACAAGUUUGCCUGCAUGGAAGUCCGCCGCGAGGACGAGUUCAGCCCGCUCAAAAAUGCUCGCGGCACUGGGGAGGACGACCCCGACACGAGCAAGCACGACAUCAUGGCCCAGGGCAAGCGCUGGGUGCAGGCCGCGGGUGCGACUGUCGUCGGCGAGGAUCCCAAGGCCGGCGUCGAAGUGAGCCCGCUGGUGAGCUAUGGCGGCGAAGGUCUCGAGAAGUUUGCUGGCAAAACCCUCACUGCUCCUACCGCUCUCGAAGCUGAAUAG